AUGUUGAUAAAUUGUACUUAAGCAUCUCAUUAAGAUCAAAAAAUAAUUGGAUUUUGCAUAGAUAGUUCAUGCCUGAGUUAAAGACCGUAUUGUCAUUUUUGUUUGAUUUCCCAUUGUCAUCAUCUGAACAAAUUAACAACUUAGGAACUAUUAUCAGAAUGGAUGAAGGAAAGAAUCCUUACGGUUUAAAAUGUUUAAAAAAAUGUUCAAGAGUGUAAAAUUGCUCUUGACAAUCUGAUAAAUGUGUUUUUUCCUUAUUCCAAAUUUAGUAUGGAAUCAUUUUCAGAAUUAGGAAUCUCACAGAUUGACUAAUUAAUAAAAAGUAUAUGUUAAAUAGAAGACUGUGAAGAAAAGUUAUUUAAAUAACUUUAAGAAUCAAUCGAACAAAUAAAAUAGAUUGUAAAUGAAAUAUUAAAAAAAAUAAAGAGUCGAACAAACAUAAAUGAAAAUAAUAAAUAAAUUUCAAACAAUUCUGUAGAUUAAUAAAAUUUAGAAUAACCGAAUAAUCAGUUUAAAUAAAAACCAAAUCUUAAUCCAUUCACAUUUGACCUCAUUAAGGAAAAUUCAAUUAAGUAACAUUAAUGGUGUGGUGCUAUUACUUUCAAUAAAGAUAGCUCAAUUGUGGCAGCGGGAUGUGUGAAGGAUAUCAAAGUAUUUCUAAAUUUAAGAGGGAAACUGAAUUAAAUAUAAUUGUUAAGUGAGCAUGCAAAAGAUGUUUGCACUUUAAAAUUCAUGAAAAAUACAAAUAAUUUUGUAUCUGGAAGUGAUGAUAAUUUAAUAAUAAUAUGGUAAGCGAUUGAAAAUAAUCAGUGGAAAAUUUAUUAAAAAUUGAACGGACAUUAAAAUCGUAUAUAUUGUAUAUUGCUGAACAAAGCUGAUGAUCAAAUUAUCUCUAGUAGUCAGGAUAAAACAAUAAAAUUUUGGAUGGGAUAGAGUUAAUGGUCGUGUUAAUAAACCAUAACUGAUCAUUCUCAUUAUAUAUAUUCAUUAAGCUUAAAUGAACAAUCUAAUAAAUUGAUAUCUUGUUCAUAGGAUUAAUAAAUAUUAAUAAUGGAAUAGUAAAAUUUAGAUAAAUUAUGGUUUGUUAUAUAAAAAAUUAAAUUAAGUUAAUUAGGAUACAGAUUAUGUUUUAUUAAUGAUGAUCAAUUUACAUUCUAACCUUUUUCUAAAGAUUAAAUGCAUGUUUAUGAAAUGGAUAGAGACAAUUAAUAAUUUAGGAAAACUAAGGAAGUUGCGGUAAAGUGUGGUUAAAAUAUUGAUUAUUAUUUAUUUCCAUAAUAAUACUUAUAGUCUAAAUGUCUCCUUGUAAAUAAGAAUAGCAAAAAUGUUAAUUUAAUUAGGAAGAAUGAAAAUGGGGAUUUUAUAAUUUAAUAGUCUAUUGAAUUUGGUACUUAUUAAAUUUUUGGAUAAUUAAGUGAUGAUGGAGAGUAUUUGAUCACUUGGGAUAAUGAAUCAAAGGAAAUACAAAUAAGAAAGUGUAGAGAAUUAUGA